CUCCACAAACUGUUCCCAUUCUCCCUCGCUCGCCCAGCGCACCUGUUUCAUCGAGAAAGAGAGAUAUCUUCUGAUUCCAUUUUCGAUCCGCCAACAUGGGUAAAGUUCACGGAAGUUUGGCUCGUGCCGGUAAGGUCAAGGCCGCCACCCCAAAGGUCGACAAGCAGGAGAAGCCCAAGCAACCCAAGGGCCGUGCUCGCAAGCGGAUUAUCUACACCCGCCGAUUCGUUAACGUCACUCUCACCGGUGGCAAGCGCAAGAUGAACCCCAACCCUGGCUCUUAAAUAACCAAAUUGUCAAAUACCUCUACGAUAAAAUGAACGGCGGACAUUCCUAUACCCGACGUAUGGACGAAAGUCGCGAAUGAGCGGGAAGGCAGUCAAACCACGUGAUGAUUACCUUGGGAACUGGGCAUUUUUCACCUUUCCUUUGUGUUUAUUUUGAUAUCUUAUGGACGGUGUUUUCUAGUUCCUCAACUAUACAAUGUUUUUUGUAGGUUUCUUGCCAUGUGAUUAUUCAGACAUCGGUGAAGGCUAGCGGAAACUGAAUCAUAGAGGUGAAUAAAUUACAUAUUCAACCUCUCCAAUAUGCUUUUCUGGUAGUAAAUUAUUUUGGGGGAUUUAAAUGUCGUCAUGCAUAGUGAGUCACUAGUAUUAAGCAUUUAAAUGAGUCAUGGUGACUCGAAUAUUGUUGCUAGGGAGUAGUUAUAUACCAGUUGACCUCCAUUCUCGGUUUCCCACAAUUUCCCACA